AUGACAACAGUGAACAUGUCUGAAAGCUGGACAGCGUCUAUCAAUUUCACUUUCAGCACCUUUACUGAAAAAACAAAGUCUGUGGAAUCUCGGAAUCAGGAUUACCGCCUGAAAAUCGUUCAGCUUUAUGUGGAGCCAGUUGUAGGACUGUUAGGAAUGAUCGCAAAUAUGUUAACGUUUGCCAUGUUGAUUAAAAGCGGCUUAAGGAAGCCAUCCAAUAUUAUAAUAUUUGGUUUGACGCUGGCUGACUGUCUCUUGCUUAUCACUCCAAUUAACAUUAUUGCUUUGACUGGAAGAUUUCUUCACUCAAAAGAGACCGCUAAUUAUUUUGGCUGGGAGUGUUCAGAAAAUCUGGCAAGACUUUUGUCCACUUUUAAUAGAGUGCUAACGACAUUGCAUUACUGGGGAGGAUUCGCUGGGACAGGCUUGCCAGUUGUAAUUACACUGGAAAGAUUUAUUGCCGUUUUCUUUCCAAUGAAAUUUGCAAGUAUCGUUACAACAAAGAGAGCUAUAGUGGCGGUAGUUACUGUCUGGCUAUUUUGGGGUCCCUGGGCUUGUUUGUCUGCCUUUGUUAGGGACUUUUGGUUUACAGUUUUACCCAAUGGACAAGCUAUUGGUUAUGAAAAAGUCUCUGAAUUCUACAUCCAUAACUUUAAUCUUCUUUACAACUUGGAUCGCUACGUUUUCAACUUUUUAAGCUCCAUAGUUCCAGUAUCCUUGGUAACCAUCGGCUGCGUUCUUAUCGGGGUCAAGGUCAAGCAUUCCUACUUGCAGCGUCAGCUGAUAUUCUCAGCGAAGACAAAGAAAAAACCGUCGCUUAAAACGACUCGCACCUUAAUGACUAUCGCGUUGAUCAUCGCCACCGUUCACGGGACCUACUUCACCGUGACCUGUGCUAUGGUAGAUCAGUUUAUUAACGAUACCACGUUCAGCCUCGUGUUGGAUGAAAUCAAAAUGACUCUCGUCUACGUCUGCGGCUCAUGCAAUUUCUUCGUCUACGUCCUUCUCAACAGCAACUUCCGCAACAUCUUAGUGAAUAUGUUUCCAAAAGUUUGA